CGACGCUAGUCUCGCAGAUCGUUGCAAGAAGAAGACGGCGUCGACGUCUGACUACACUCGCGGCGUCUUACCUUUCGGUCAUACGCUCUUGAGCCGGCGGUCGGAACCUGUCCCAGGCUUGUGGGUUGCGGGCCUUGGAGGAGGCGUCUCGAGAACUGUCCGGGCGCGCUCAGGCGUUCCUCUCGUCAUCCCAUUCAGCGCCAUGUCCUGGAUGUUCAAGAGAGAUCCUGUUUGGAAGUACUUGCAGACGGUUCAGUAUGGAGUUCAUGGAAAUUUUCCACGCCUCUCUUAUCCAACUUUCUUUCCACGUUUUGAAUUCCAAGAUAUUAUCCCUCCAGACGACUUCCUAACUAGUGAUGAAGAGCUAGAUUCAGUUUUAUUUGGAACUUUGAGAGGUCAUGUGGUUGGAUUACGCUAUUACACUGGAGUAGUUAAUAAUAAUGAAAUGGUUGCGUUACAACGAGAGCCUGAUAACCCCUAUGAUAAGAAUGCAAUUAGAGUAAACAAUGUGAAUGGAAAUCAGGUUGGCCAUUUAAAGAAAGAUCUGGCAGCUGCUUUGGCCUAUAUCAUGGACAACAAAUUGGCACAAAUUGAAGGGGUAGUUCCUUUUGGUGCAAACAAUGCUUUUACCAUGCCUCUGCACAUGACUUUUUGGGGAAAAGAAGAAAAUAGAAAAGCAGUUUUAGAUCAGUUGAAGAAACAUGGAUUUAAAUUGGGUCCUGCACCAAAAACUUUAGGAUUCAGUUUGGAAAGUGGUUGGGGCUCGGAAAGAGCUGGGCCAAGCUAUAGUAUGCCAGUUCAUGCUGCAGUACAAAUGACAACCGAACAGCUUAAAACAGAAUUUGACAAAUUAUUUGAAGAUUUAAAAGAAGAUGAUAAAACUCAUGAAAUGGAACCAGCUAAGGCUGUUGAAACACCAUUGCUUCCACAUCAAAAACAAGCUCUAGCUUGGAUGGUUUCACGGGAAAACAGUAAAGAACUUCCACCAUUCUGGGAACAGCGAAAUGAGUUAUACUAUAACACAAUAACAAAUUUUUCUGAGAAGGACAGACCAGAAAAUGUCCAUGGGGGGAUUUUAGCUGAUGAUAUGGGUUUGGGUAAAACACUUACAGCUAUUGCAGUUAUUCUUACCAACUUCCAUGAUGGCAGACCUCUUCCUGUUGAAAGACUUAAGAAGAAUCAACUGAAGAAGGAAUGUAAUGUUAAUGAUGAAUCUAUGAAACUUGGAGGAAACAAUACCAGUGAAAAGGCAGAUGGACUAAGCAAAGAAGGAUCCAGAUGUAGUGAAGAACCUAGUAUUUCAGAUGUCAAGGAGAAGAAUAAGUAUUCCAUGUCAGAAUUAUCUAUCUCCCGCCCCAAAAGAAGAAAAACUACUAUCCAGUACAUUGAAAGUAGUGAUUCAGAGGAAAUUGAAACAAGUGAAUUGCCACAGAAAAUGAAAGGCAAACAGAAAAAUGUACAGUCAGAGACUAAAAGCAGGGUAAAAGCAGGAUCUUCUAAAGUUAAAGAAGAUGUAGCAUUUGCAUGUGCGCUUACUUCAUCUACCCCUGCAACAAAAAAGAAAAUGCUGAAAAAGGGAGCAUCUGCAGUGGAGGGUUCAAAGAAAACUGUUGAAGAGAGACCAAGAACAACACUGAUCAUCUGCCCACUUUCUGUGUUAAGCAACUGGAUUGACCAAUUUGGACAACAUAUAAAAUCAGAUGUACACUUGAAUUUUUAUGUUUAUUAUGGUCCUGAUCGUAUUAGAGACCCAGCCUUGCUUUCAGAACAGAAUAUUGUUUUGACUACGUACAAUAUUUUAACUCAUGACUAUGGAACUAAAGGUGAUAGUCCAUUACAUAGCAUAAGGUGGUUAAGAGUGAUCUUGGAUGAAGGACAUGCCAUACGAAAUCCAAAUGCUCAACAGACAAAAGCUGUACUUGAUUUAGAAGCAGAAAGAAGAUGGGUCUUGACAGGUACUCCAAUCCAGAAUUCUUUAAAGGACUUGUGGUCUCUUCUUUCUUUUUUAAAACUUAAACCAUUUCUUGAUAGAGAAUGGUGGCAUAGGACAAUACAGCGUCCUGUCACGAUGGGAGAUGAAGGAGGACUUAGGCGUUUACAGUCCCUAAUUAAAAAUAUUACACUUAGAAGAACAAAGACAAGCAAAAUUAAAGGAAAACCUGUUUUGGAGUUACCAGAACGUAAAGUAUUUAUUCAGCACAUUACGCUUUCAGAUGAAGAAAGAAAGAUUUAUCAGUCUGUGAAAAAUGAAGGCAGAGCUACUAUUGGAAGGUAUUUUAAUGAAGGGACUGUCCUUGCACACUAUGCAGAUGUCUUGGGUCUUUUGCUUAGAUUGCGGCAGAUUUGUUGUCAUACUCAUCUUCUUACAAAUGCGGCAUCUUCUAGUGAUCCCUCAGGAAAUGAUACACCUGAAGAAUUGCAAAAGAAGUUAAUAAGGAAGAUGAAGUUAAUUCUGAGCUCAGGUUCAGAUGAAGAAUGUGCAAUUUGCUUGGAUUCUUUAACAGUUCCUGUGAUAACACACUGUGCACAUGUAUUUUGUAAACCCUGUAUUUGCCAAGUUAUUCAAAAUGAGCAGCCACGUGCUAAAUGCCCUUUAUGCAGAAAUGAUAUACAUGAAGACAAUUUAUUAGAGUGUCCUCCAGAAGAAUUGGCAUGUGACAGUGAGAAAAAGUCUAGUAUGGAAUGGACAUCCAGUUCAAAGAUUAAUGCUCUAAUGCAUGCAUUGAUUGACUUAAGAAAGAAGAAUCCCAACAUAAAAAGUUUAGUUGUUUCUCAGUUUACAACAUUCUUGUCUUUAAUAGAAACACCACUUAAAGCCUCUGGAUUUGUAUUUACUCGUUUGGAUGGUUCCAUGGCCCAAAAGAAGAGAGUUGAAUCAAUUCAGUGUUUCCAAAACACUGAAGCAGGAUCUCCAACUAUAAUGCUUCUGUCAUUAAAAGCAGGUGGAGUUGGUUUGAAUCUUUCUGCGGCUUCUCGAGUGUUUUUAAUGGAUCCAGCUUGGAAUCCUGCUGCUGAAGAUCAGUGUUUUGACAGAUGCCAUAGACUUGGCCAGAAGCAAGAAGUUAUCAUUACAAAAUUCAUUGUGAAGGAUUCUGUUGAAGAAAACAUGCUGAAAAUACAAAACACAAAGAGAGAACUUGCAGCUGGAGCCUUUGGAACUAAAAAAACAAAUGCUAAUGAUACGAAACAAGCUAAAAUUAAUGAAAUCAGAACUUUAAUUGAUUUAUAAUUUGUGGGAUUUUAGUAAGGUCAGUUUGAUCAGAUACAUAAGUUUUGGAAAUAAAAGUAGUUUUAGAAGUGAGAGCUAGAGAGUAUCUUCUAAAAGGGGCAUAUUUUAUAUUACUGAAGAGGUAUUACCGAUGCAGUCUCUUCUAUAUAUGAACCUAUUUUUAAUGAUACUACAGAUAGCAAUAAGUUUGGUAAUAUACUGUGGCCUAAGAUAAUUUUUUGAGAAAAAAAGUUACUAUUCAACUGUUCAUAGUGUCAAUGCUGAGUAUUUUUCAUGUAUCUUCCAAGUACUCAGCUUUUUCAUAUUUCAAAUAUGGUCAAACUUUAUGCUUUUGACCAGUUAGUUAGUUAUUUUCUGUGUUGGACACGUUCAGUUAUUCACCAAAGCCUCUGAUUUGUGGAUACAGUGGAUUCACAUUCCUUGUAAACAAUUAAUAUAUAUAUAUACAGACUAUACAAGAGGUUGAUUUUUGUUGGACUUUCGAAAACCAUAUUUACAUUCCAGAACCAAACCUUACAUGAGAGACCAAAGUCCAGGUUAUUAGCAAGUUACUUGACUUUUUUUUUUUUUUACUUUACAGCUUCAUUGGAUAUAUAAUUCAGAUAAGUGACUUAACAUUUGAUGUUUAUGAAAAAAUUAGGGACUGUGUUAGAGCACUAUUUUCUCCAUUUUAGUCAUGUAUUAUACUCAUUGUUUAAAUGUAACUUAAUGUGUGUGUAGGGUGUAAAUCCUAAGCAGUCUGUGGGGGUGAGAGGAAACCAAUUCUACUCAAUUUGGUUUGAAUAUUUAAAUUAUGGUAUUGCUAAAUAGAUAUUUCUAUAAAUAGAUAACUUUUAUUUAUGUAGGUUUUUUUUGGAAAUAACUUUAUAAAUUUUUAUAAUUCAGAAGACUACUAUAUGUGAGAGGCAUGAUAUCUGGAUGGAAGUUGGGCUGGAUGACCUCCAAAGUCCUUUCAACUCUUAAAGACAUCUUAAUCUUGAAUGUAAAAAUUUCAUUGUUAUGUGUGUUUUGGAAUUUGAUUUUGGAACUUAUGUAAUUCAUCCUUACAUCUGUCUCUAGAAUUAUAGUCAUCUUUUUCUUAUAUUUUUGUUAAUAUUCAAACUCUCAGUAGUUGCCACAAAAUUCUGUAUGACUCUGAGUCAUAUUUAAAACAACUAGAAAUUUAGCAAUCAGGUUAGAUAGUCAGUGGUUUUAUUUCCUUAAGAAAAAAAUUUUUUUUUGAUCCAAAGAAAGAGGAGAUUAAUCACUGUAACAAGAGAAACUUCGUGUUUGAUAAUACAGACUUAAGAACACCUUAAAUUUUACUUAAAGUAUUAGAAGUGACUUGAAUGAAAGAUCAGAGCAUAUUGGAGUCAAUAUUGUGAUACAGAGCACACAAGUAAGGUAUGUGCCAAAUUUCUCACCAGCUAAGUCCUCCCCUCCCUAUGCCCUGGCUUUUGCUCCAAGGGAACAGUGGAUUAGCCAGCAAAAAUCUUCCCAGUCCCUUUUCUUUGGAGUAGCAGGUGAGGCAGAGGGUUGAUUUUCAUCAAGACCAAGACAUUUCUGCAGGGACCCAUCAUAAUUUGAGGUGGGUCCGCUAGCAUUAGGAACAGUAGGGAAGUUCUUUACCUUGUAGGUGUAGCAUUACACAAAGAAUGAGGUUGAUCAGAAUCUCAUGAAAAUGUGGUAUAUGGGUUCUCUAUAUACCAACACUCCAUUGAGAUUAUAAACAGAGUUUUUGGCAAAAUAUACAAUCCACUCUUGCUUACAAAGGCAAAGCUUUACAAACUCACUGUAAAGGUGAAGACAGCUUGUUUCUUUACCCAGACAUUUACAGAGUUGUGUUUUAAAACACAUUCAUAAAAUGAUGUUUGGCAAAUCACUUAAAAAAUACCUUUGUUUUUAUACAGUUCAAUUAAAUGGUGUUAAAUAGAAAAAUUUGAUUUGUCCUGAGAAAAUAUGAGUAUAAACCACUGGAAUGAAAACUUCACAUUAUGCUAUGCUAUUGUUUUAUAAUUAUGUAGAAUAAUAGCUUUAGAAAUAUAUUGAAGACGUAUUACUGCUUGUGGUUCAAACUGAAUUUUGUGUUUCAAACUGGAUAUAGUUUUAAAUUUAAAAUCAAUAAAAAUUCAAAAAUUUAGUAGCUUCCUCAGUGCCAUAAUUUUAAUGAUGCUCUUCAAAGAAAAUAAAUCACUAAAUCUCA